AUGAACGCACCUGACUUGAAUGAGAUAUAUCGUAUGCAGCCAAACGAGCAGAAAAUUCUAUGUGAAGAGAAUGGGAAUGUUUGCAAGUUUACUUUUGUCAAAGAAGACCACACGGCAGGGAAUAUGAUUCGAGUUGAACUUCUUAACGACAAACAUGUCAUCUUUGCAGGAUAUAGACAACCACAUCCACUCAAAUAUGUGAUCGAAAUGACAAUCCGUACCGACGGCGUCAUCACACCAAAAGUCGCUUUGGAAAACGCGCUCGACAGAAUUAUCAGAAAGGUCAAGCUUGCCAAGGAAGAUUUUGACCAAGCCACUGAAAAUUUAGAUUGA